AUGUCAGAUAAGCUCAAGGAACGCAAAGUGAUGGUUUGGGAAGGGAAUGAGGAUGCAGAGAGGGGACUGACUCCUCAGUCAGGGAGGAGCCCACGCCUGGAGGCUGGUGGCCACCUCCCCACUGCUCUGGCACUGGGCAAGGUGGUGUGCUGCUCAGUGGAAGUGAAAGGGGAGAGCACCAGCGUGGGUGUGAGAAGGCAGUGCUCAUGUGACCCAGUGUGGAGGGGCAGGGGCCUGGGGCGAGUCUGGGGCAGCGCUGGGGGCUGGGAGACGACUGUGCCAGCCACGCGUCAAAGCCAUCCUAAAUGUACAAAUCUCUGUUCUCAGAGAACCCCCGUUUCGCACAAAGUGAUAGAAAAGAGGAGGAGGGACCGGAUUAAUCGCUGUUUGAACGAGCUGGGCAAGACGGUGCCCAUGGCCCUGGCCAAGCAGAGUUCCGGGAAACUGGAGAAGGCGGAGAUUCUCGAGAUGACCGUUCAGUACCUGAGAGCCCUGCACUCGGCAGAUUUUCCCCGGGGAAGGGAAAAAGAACUGCUAGCGGAGUUUGCCAACUACUUCCAUUACGGCUACCACGAGUGCAUGAAGAACCUGGUGCAUUAUCUUACCACGGUGGAGCGGAUGGAGACCAAGGACACCAAGUACGCGCGCAUCCUCGCCUUCUUGCAGUCCAAGGCUCGCUUGGGCGCCGAGCCCGCCUUCCAGCCGCUGGGUUCGCUCCCGGAGCCAGAUUUCUCUUAUCAGCUACACCCAGCAGGGCCCGAGUUCACGGGCCACAGCCCGGGUGAGGCGUCUGUGUUCCCGCAGGGCGCGGCCCCGGGGGCCUUUUCCUGGCCGCACAGCGCGUCCCGCAGCCCGGCUCUGCCCUACCUGCCCAGUGCGCCGGUGCCGCUCCCGAGCCCGGCGCAGCAACACAGCCCCUUCCUGGCGCCCGUGCAGGGCCUGGACCGGCAUUACCUCAACCUGAUCGGCCACGCCCACCCCAACGCCCUCAACCUGCACACGCCCCAGCACCCCCCGGUGCUCUGACGCUGCCUCGCCCGCAGAUUUCUCUGCGCUUCGGGCGCUGCACAGGAGAAAUACUGUAUACUGUACAGUGUAAAUAUUGUGCCACCAAAAAAGCCGGGUGGGGGAAGGCCACAAGCGAAUGUCUUCUGAAGGAUCUCCCCUGGCAAUAAACGUUUUCUGAUAAA